AUGUCGAAACGAAACAAGAAAGACGGAGACUCGAGUAGCCAUGUAGUUGAUGAUGGGACUGCGCUGGUUUUGGAGUACCUUCAAAAGCAAGGUACGCCCGAAAUUAUCGCAGCAGAAGAAUCAACAGCGACGCGACUCCAAGAGCAAAUCGACAAGCUCAAGGUCAGCGAGCGGAAGACACGCGCGGAGUUAACCGCGUGCUAUGCAAAGCCUUUGCUUUCGGAGCUGCGCGAUGAUAUUGAGAAACUUCGGGAAGAAGUCGCGUCGAUUACGGCGCAGCUUGCCCGUGUUCGCGAGAGUAACCCGCUGAACGAUGGUUCUUGUGAUGUUAAGAUUGAAAGAACGUUCGGCAGGAAUACUGUGGGGAAGGAUGGGGUGAUCGGCAGCCUCCCCCGCCCGAAAACAGGCCCCGAGACCUUGUGA